AUCGAACAGUCGUCCUCACUCUAUCCUGUUUCACCGGGCUCGAGGCAGUUGUAGCAGGUGUCGGAGGAGUCAGGACCGUGAGCUCGGUUCUGUAGUUGUGGAGGGCCAGAGAUGGCCGAGUAUAGUCCGACGAGUAUAUUAACAGCCUUGCUGCUGUUUACUGUGGUCACAGUUAAAGAUAUAUAUGUGGGCCAAAGCAGCAUGACUCAACAUGACAGCACAGGCCCCGACCGCUUCCUGGAGCCCGACAAACCAACAGAGAAACAAAAACCUCAACUAUACACAGGUCCGGUUCUCAAUUUCCAGUUCUGUAUUUCCUGAGGGUACGGUAAGGUGUUCCAGGAGUACUCCCACGCCAUCAAUCAGCUGUACCCGGACAUCAGAAUAGAGGGAGAGAAUUACCCUCCCAAACCUAUCAACAAAUACCUUGGAAAUUUUAUCUCCUACUUCAAACUGCUUGCCAUCGCCUUGAUUGUGACCGGACAAAAUCCUUUCCAAAUGUUUGGAAUGAACACUCCAAGAUUAUGGUCAUGGGGACAAGAGAAUAAGAUAUUCUCGUGUCUUAUGGCCUUCUUCCUCAGUAACAUGUUGGAGACCCAUUUCCUCUCCACUGGAGCUUUUGAAAUCUCAUUGAAUGAUGUACCUAUUUGGUCCAAAUUGCAAUCAGGUUAUGUGCCCAACAUUCAGGAGCUUUUCCAAAUUUUGGAUAACCACCUUAAAAUGAAUCAGGUCGACAAGCUGACUUUUCCAUCACCGUAGUGCAGUUGUUGUUGCCGAGAGACAAGUCCCCGGAGCUAUUUCUCUGGUCAGUGGGACUGUGGAGUGUGACAUAAUGAAGGCCUGUACUGAAAACACCCGCUGUUGGUACAGGCUGGAUGCUCAGCCAACACACACAUGUUCCCUUGACCAGCGUCACCCACCUUUGGGUCGACUGGAUCUCUUCAAAACAUCAAGCUACUUGCAUUCUUAAUAUGAGAAACAUGAAAUCACUUAAUGUGUUAGUAAAUGCUGAAGUUGGCUACAUAUUCAGGUGUUUAUUUUAGUCUGUGAAUUUGGUCAGGGAUGAUAUUCUGUUUGUACAAGAGCUGUCAGUUUCAAUUGUAUGGGAUAUUACAGAUUUCUCAAGGGCAAGUAUGAGCCGUUUAUUUAAAAAGUGAGAAAUCUUUUUUAUUGCUUGAAAUUGUAAAUAUUCUCUUAGUCACAGCAGGUUUGCCAUUACACCUUGGGAAUUUGAAGUAUACAUCUUUCUGUCUGUUUGUUGAAAGUAUAAGGUUAUAGCACUGGCAGAAUAAUCUAUUGACUCAUUUUAACUAUUCUGAAUGAGUGUCUGAGUUGUGCAGUUGUGAUUUUUGCAUAUCAGAAGAUGUGAAUGGUAAUUCCUAAAACCAUUUGGAAUUAUUUUCUAUUUUUCCAGCUUCCUUCAUACCGAUGUGGCCGUUAAAAUGCACUCCUUGUUUUAGUUUAGUUCGUAAAAACAAAAGUGAUGCUUAAUUGUAAUUCAGUUAGAGUGGUGGAAGAACUUUGAACAUGUUUCACAGUGAUGCAAAAUAAAGAUUUUAAAAAGCAAA